AUGGCUAUUUUAAAGCUUAUUCAUGGUCUUGUGAUCUUUGCUUUGUUUUCUUUUGAUGUUAGUGUUGCUCAUCCAGGUUUUGGGUUUGGAUGGGGAAGUAAUGGCCCCAACAUUGGAAGAACUUUCUCAUCCUCAGGACUUUUCCCACAAUUCUACCAGUUCUCUUGUCCACAAGCUGAUGAAAUUGUCAUGACGGUUCUCGAAAAAGCCAUAGCUAGAGACCCAAGAAUGGCUGCUUCUUUACUCAGGCUUCACUUCCACGACUGCUUCGUUCAGGGCUGUGAUGCAUCGAUCUUGUUGGAUGAUAGUGCUACCAUAAGAAGUGAAAAGAAUGCAAAUCCAAACAAGAACUCCAUUAAAGGGUUUCAAGUUAUAGAUGAGAUCAAAGCCAAACUGGAGCAAGCAUGUCCUCAAACUGUCUCUUGCGCCGACAUUCUUGCUCUUGCCGCUCGUGGUUCAACUAUGCUGAGUGGUGGACCAUCAUGGGAGCUUCCAUUAGGAAGGAGAGACUCGAGGACAGCGAGCCUUAAUGGAGCAAACACGAACAUUCCUGCACCUAAUUCAACUAUUCAGAAUCUCUUAAACAUGUUCCAACGAAAAGGUUUAAACCAAGAAGACCUUGUUUCCCUAUCAGGAGGGCAUACAAUUGGAGUAGCAAGGUGCACAACAUUCAAACAAAGACUCUACAACCAAAACGGUAAUAACCAACCAGACGAGACACUAGAGAGGUCUUACUACUAUGGCUUAAGAUCGAUUUGUCCACCAAGGGGCGGUGACAACAACAUUUCACCUCUAGACUUAGCCUCUCCGGCAAGAUUCGACAACACAUACUUCAAGCUCAUACUCUGGGGCAAAAGCUUAUUGACAUCAGAUCAAGUGCUUCUCAACGGCAACGUAGGCAGGACUGGUCAACUGGUGAAAGCUUAUGCAGAAGACGAGAGCCUUUUCUUCGAGCAAUUCGCAAAGUCGAUGGUAAACAUGGGGAACAUUCAGCCUCUAACUGGUAUUAAUGGUGAGAUCAGGAAGAAUUGUCACGUGAUUAAUUGA